AUGGAGAUCCGCAACAUCCUACCGGAAGACGUUAAGAACGUAGCCACAAAUACAGCGCGCUCAAUACCAGCUGAUGAGAUCGAUGCCACCUUCAAGUCACAAUAUACUGAUCUGAUAUCCGCGCCUCUCGGUUCCAAAGUCCUGUCCUUCAGCGACGAAUGGUUCGCUGCAGCUGAGAACCUCAUCACACCCACUCCUCCAAUUCGCAAACCCGGUGUCUUCGUGCACUCGGGAGCUUGGUACGAUGGCUGGGAAACCCGACGCCAUAACACCGAACCCUUCGACUGGGUAGUCCUAAGACUAGGCACCGCGAGUGGGAAAGUAGCAGGUGUGGAAAUCGACACAUUCGCUUUCAACGGAAACCACGCACCUGAAAUCGCUGUCGAGGGUGCAUUCAUUACAGAUGACAAGGAAGAAGAGGAAGUGAAGAAGGCUAGCUACGCAGGCUGGGAAACCAUACUAUCCAAGCAGGAGUGCGGGCCCAGCCAACGACACGGCUGGAAACUAGACAGCAUCACGGAGAAGGCGUACACGCAUGUGAGGCUACUCAUGUAUCCCGACGGCGGCAUCGCGCGUUUCCGCCUGUACGGUGUCGCCGUACCAGUGUUUCCUCAGUCUGCAGAUGCGGUCUUUGAACUCUCGGCCACCGUCAUGGGCGGCGUCGCAACGGCGUGUUCAGACCAACACUUUGGCACAAAGGAUAACUUACUUCUCCCCGGUCGCGGAAAAGACAUGGGCGAUGGAUGGGAAACGAAGCGUACGCGCGGUGAACACGUGGAUUGGACAAUUGUCCGGUUAGGUGCCAAGGGGGAAAUCGACCAUAUCGUCAUUGACACUGCGCACUUUAGAGGCAACUUUCCGCAGAAGGUGCAGGUUUUUGCUGGUAGCUUCGCCAAGGAUCCGAGCAGUGAUGACAAGGGGUGGGUUGAGGUGUUGGAGCCGCAGAAGAGCGGCCCGGAUGUGGAGAAGGAGUACAAGGCUGAGCUUAAGGAGGUAAAAGGGAGGGGGUAUACACAUGCGAAGUUGGUGAUUAUUCCAGAUGGAGGUGUGAAGCGGUUCAGGGUUUUUGGGAAGAGGAUUUGA